AUGUGGCAGCCUGCAGCUUUUUAUUUGUGCCUCCUUAUUGUCGUGCAUCAAUCGUUGGCCGAUUUCCAAGAUUUUGAAAUCCAGAAAAAGUUGGAUGGGAUUAGAGAUCAAAACACAGCUCUUCAGGAAUCCCUGAAGACGAUAAUAACAAAAGAAGACUUCGAGACGAGAUUGCAGGUCUUACAAAACCAGCUGGAUGGUGAAUUUCUGACGCUUCAGACCCGUUUCAAAGAACUUCAGAACAAACUGCCUCAGAAAGGCAAUUCACAACAUAUCCCUCCGAAGUUCGAGCAAAUCGGCUCGAGAUAUUUUUAUAUAGAAAAUGAUAUUAUUCAGGAUUGGGCUACAGCUGGAGAGACCUGUCGCCAGAUGGGCGGUUAUUUGGCAUCCAUCCAAGACGAAGUGGAACUUAAUGCCAUUAAGGAAAAACUCAGCGCAGACUCCUAUUACUGGCUUGGCAUUCACAAUCGGGGCUUAAAGGAGGACUUUAUGUCAUUGGCCUCCGGAAAGCCGGCCAUAUUUUUGAAAUGGCACAUCGGAUAUCCCAGAGGAGCUGGAACUCCAACUCAAUCAGCGACCAACAACAGCUAG